AUGCAAAAUACCACCCUUAUCUGGCUUGACAAUUAUAUGAAUACCAACCUCAGCACUUAUCGCUUGCUAACUAAGCAAAUUCAAUCUAUUGUCAACAAUAGUCACAUAUUCGCAGAUAAUGACGAGUGUAUCGAACUUGUGCUGAAUAACAAUUGUCAUAAAGUCUAUCUAAUCACUUCUGGAUCAAUUGGACAUUAUCUUGUACCUUGUAUUCAUGAUAUUCCUCAAUUAGAUUGUCUUUUCAUCUUUUGUGAAAACAAGUUAUAUCAUGAACAAUGGGCAAAGGACUGGAUGAAGAUCAAAGGUGUGUUCAUUGACAUAGUAUCACUUUGCAAAUCUGUCGAAGGUAUGCUUCAUCGAUAUGAACAGAUCACCAUGCCAAUUAGUUUUAUUGUGCCUGAAAGAGGGCUGGACCAGCUCGAGCCGUCGUUUAUGUACACACAGCUCUUCAAAGAGAUAUUUUUGUUCAUCGAUUUCGAAGACCAACAUAUACUAGAAUUUAUUAAGUAUCAUCCUGGAUUAUUGACUAUCGAUGGAAAACAAUCCAAUAACGUUGAACGACUUGUACGUGACUACCAUGGAAAGAAACCGAUUUGGUGGUACACACGAGGUACUGCACUACAUUCUAUGCUCAAUUGUGCACUCCGAACAAUGAACGGCGAUAUUCUUGUACGAAUGGGAUUCUUUAUUGUUGAUCUUCAUAGAAACAUCAAGCAGCUGCACAAAGAACAGUUUAUUGAUAGACCUUGUUCUAUCAUCUUCACCGUUUUUCGUGGCCAGGGCUUAUCACAAGCAGAUUUUGAAGAACUAAAAAAGUCAGAAGGCGGACUAAUGUCGUUCAAUAACUUCUUGUCCACCAGCACAAAACGCGAUGUCUGUUUGUCAUAUGCAGAGAGUAGUGCAGAUAGUUCUGAUUUAUUAGGAGUUCUGUUCAAUAUAGAGGUCGAUCCAAGUCAGUCAACAACACCGUUUGCUUUUAUUUCUAGUGACAGUCAAUUUUCCAACGAAGCUGAAGUGCUGUUUUCAAUGCACUCUGUAUUUCGCAUCCAUGAUAGCAAAUCGAUUGGUAUCGGUCAAUCUCUUUACGAGGUGAAUCUGUCACUAACCAAUGAUUCUGACAAAGACCUGAUUACACUUACGGAUCAUAUUCGAGAAGAGACCUGCUUCGAUAAGAAGGAUUGGCUGAGAUUAGGCGAUCUACUAAUUAAAUUGGAUCAAAAUGAAAAGGCUGAUGAAAUUUGCAAAAUGUUAAGUUACUAA